AUGGGGCAUCGGGAUGACCUGAUCGCGGCUAUGGCUGUCUUCUUGGUGGUUGAUACUCUUGCUAUAGCCGCCCGCCUCUAUGUUCGAACGAAGGUACUGACUCGUGGUUUCGGCUUGGACGACGUUGUUCUCAUCCUAACAUAUAUCGGCUUUAUUAUCUCCUGUGCUAUGGGCUUUACAUCUAUGCAUUAUGGCUACGCUGCUCGGGACGAGCAGCCGUACUACAGCAAGGCCAAAUACACAAAGUGCUGGACUCGUUAA